UUCGACGCGAGUGUCCAGCGCAUUCAGCAGCACAACAGUAACAGCGCGUCGUAUCGGCUCGGCGUCAACCAGUUCUCCGACCUCACGGAGAGCGAAUUCCGCGCGCUCGUGUCUCGGCCGCGACGCUGGCGCGCCGGCGAAGACGCGGCGCCUCGCUCCGACGACGACGGAGGAGCCGCGACACCGAUCGACUGGCGGACGCGCGGCGCGGUGACGCCGGUGAAAAAUCAGGGCUCGUGCGGCAGUUGCUGGGCGUUCUCGGCCACCGGCGCUAUCGAAGGCGCCUACGCCAUCGCGACCGGCGAACUGCGGUCGCUGAGCGAGGAGCAGCUCGUCGAAUGCACGCGCGCCUACGGCAACGACGACUGCGGCGGCGGCGACUUCGUCGGAGCCUUCGAAUACGUGAAAAACAACUCGGGCAUCGACUCGGAACAUGACUACCCCUACACCGCGGGCGACGGCUUCGGCGGGAACGCGUGCUGGGGCGCCGCGAGCGGGCGCCGCGUCGCCGCCAUCGACGGCUACCGCGCGAUCGCAAAGAAUUCCACCGCGGCGCUCCUCGCCGCGCUCCAGCGGGGACCCGUCUCCGUCGCCGUCGACAGCACCGUCUGGCAGAGCUACAAAUCGGGCACCAUCGCCUCGGGCUGCGGCACGGCCCUCGACCACGCGGUGCUCCUCGUCGGCGCGACCGACGAGUAUCUGGUCGUCAAGAACAGCUGGGGCCUCGCGUGGGGCAUGGCGGGCUACGUGCACCUGGCCAUCGACAAAGAGGGGCCGGGGGUUUGCGGCGUGAACAUGGCUCCCGCGCAGCCACACACAGCACCCAGUCCCGCGCUGCCGAUCCCUCCGCCGACGCCGCCCCCCCACCCGCCGCUCCCCUGCAAC